UAACCACCACGACCAUCGAAACCCGAAUUUUAGCAUUAUAAAACAUUAGACUUUCCGCUGAGUAAUCUGGUUACGGCAGACUAUGAAUGAAAAAUAAUCGAUGUUAAUUGCCAGACCUGAAAAAUGCAAAGGGAAUGUUGUACAGGAACCUCAAAAUUAUAGUAUUCAACGAAAAAUUAUCGCACAUCGCAAAAAAAAACAACAACAGAUAUUUUAAAUUAAGCACAAAAUAGGCUCAUUUAAAAGCACGUUUAAUUUACAGCAUCCAUCGCAUGAAAUCGGCCUAUUUCAAUUGUCAUACGUCAAAAGGCUUAGCAAUGUGCUUAAUUUGUAUUGGCUUACGUUUUUUAUUCGAUGUUUAGUUUUAUUGGCUAUGAUCUCAAUUCUUUAGGAAUUUUAAUUCAGUGUUAAAUAUUGCGAAACUGGCAGCAAUUCAAUAUUAAAUAUUUAGUUUCUUUCUUGACCAGCAGAAAUUUUUUGAAAAACAGGAAAUACGGGAUUCGUGAAACAACUGGACAGUACUCGGUUGUACUAGAACUUAAUAGAAGUUGUUUAGAUAAAAAAAGAAGUUAAGAAAUUUUUCCUAUGGCAAACCCAUCUUUUCCAUCGUUAGUGCCCCGUGUGGGAGACCCCCACUGGUUCAGUGUCGAUAGGCCUUGUGAUGAUGAAACUGAAUUAACACAACUUGAAAAGGAACAUCAGAGCUGGGUAAGUAUUUAUAUGUGUGCACAUUUUGAUGAAGAAGAUGACGAAGAGGAUGAUGAUAAUGAUGAUGAUGAAAGUGAAAGUAAUGAAGAUGAUGACGAGGAACCAGAUGCUGAUGACAUGAACUUUGACCAAGACUCACCUAUGUUUCAUUAACAAGAGUGGAGUCUUGUGAGUACUUUUGUCUAAUUGAACCUAGACUGUGUGGGUAUUAUCUCAGAAUGAAGCAGCACACUGGUGGUUACAGUAAUAAUACAAGUUUAUUACAAAAGUGAAAAACCUGUACAACAUAUAAAUUCCUUGUGAUUACCAUGUUUUGUUUUUUUUAUAAAAAUUUACAUAUCACAAAUGUAACGUUUAUUGUAAGAAUAUGAUAUUAAAAUCAAAUUACCUAGA